CUCCGUGCGUAAAUCUGUUCUCAUGGCGCAUCAUUCGUCUCCUCUCUACUGCACUAAAUCAAUGCAAUAGAGGCUCCACCGUGUACAGGACCGUCUUACUGCAUGUGAGACUUUAAGAAAUUGCAUUUCAGCACAUAGGGGGUGUUGCCACAAAGUAGCCAUAUUGAAUGAAUUGAGACGUUCCGCUGUCAACCAUCGCCGUCAACCCAACUAGGUCCCGAUGAAGACAGCUCCUCGUAAAUUCUACUCCCCACACUUUUCUUCUUCACGAUGGCCGCCACGGACAUAGACAUUUUCGCUAAUGAAGAGGAGCGUUGCCUGGAGCUGGGUGGCCAUGUUGGGUUUGACAGUCUUCCAGACCAGUUGGUCAGUAAAUCAGUCACACAGGGAUUCUGCUUCAACAUCCUGUGUGUCGGUGAGACAGGGAUAGGGAAGUCGACGUUGAUGAACACGCUGUUCAACACACUGUUUGAGGCCGAGGAGGCCAGCCACUACCAGAACGGUGUGUACCUGCGGCCCAGGACCUACGACCUGAAGGAGAGCAACGUUCAGCUCAAACUGACCGUAGUCGACACUGUGGGGUUCGGAGACCAGAUCAACAAGGAGGAGAGCUUCAAACCCAUAGUGGACUACAUCGACACUCAGUUUGAAACCUACCUGCAGGAGGAGAUGAAGAUCAAACGUUCCCUGUUCGACUACCACGACACCAGGAUCCAUAUCUGUCUCUACUUCAUCGCCCCAACCGGACACUCUCUCAAAUCACUGGAUCUGGUCACCAUGAAGAAACUGGACAGCAAGGUAAACAUCAUCCCCAUCAUUGCCAAGGCAGACACCAUAUCUAAGAGCGAGCUGCACAAGUUCAAGAUCAAGAUCAUGUCAGAGUUGGUGAGCAACGGUGUUCAGAUACACCAGUUCCCUACUGAGGACGAGGCUGUCACCGAGAUCAACUCCUCUAUGAAUGCCCAUCUGCCCUUUGCUGUGGUGGGGAGUGUUGAGGAGGUUGAAGUGGGGAAUAAGAUGGUGAAAGCCAGACUGUACCCCUGGGGAACUGUACAGGUGGAGAACGAGAGCCACUGUGACUUUGUGAAGCUGAGAGAGAUGUUGCUGAGAGUGAACAUGGAAGACCUGAGAGAGCAGACUCACGCCAGACACUACGAGCUCUACAGACGCUGCAAACUGGAGGAGAUGGGCUUCACAGAUACAGACCCCGACAACAAACCCUUUAGUCUGCAGGAGACGUAUGAGGCCAAGAGGAAAGAGUUUCUGGGGGACCUGCAGCAUAACGAGGACGACAUGAGACAGAUGUUUGUCAACAAGGUGAAGGAGACCGAGGCAGAGCUGAAAGUAAAGGAGAGGGAGCUCCAUGAGAGGUUUGAGCAGCUGAAGAGGAUGCAUCAGGAGGAGAAGAGGAAUCUGGAGGAGAAGAGGAGCGAUCUGGAGGAGGAUAUGAACGACUUCAACAGGAGGAAGGUGGCAGCUGAGACGCUGAUGGGUCAGUCUCUACAGGGAUCCUCACAACCAUUCAGAAAGGACAAGAAGAACUUCUUUAGUCUUCCGUCUGCGUGCUCCCUAACAUCAGGAAGGAAUUUAAAUUAGAAGACUGACUUUCUACCACGCCGAAAGGAUGGCUGUUCUAAUCUUCCCCGAUUUGACUAUUAACAAUCUAUUGAGCUUACUAUUUUUUUACAGCGUGAUUCAAAGCUACAUUUUUGUAACAAUCCCUGUAAAGUCCCAAAUGGCACCCUAUUCCCUAUGUAUUGAACUACUUUUGACCAGAGCCCCUGGUCAAAAGUAGUGCACUACAUAGGGAAUAGAGUGGCAUUUAGGACAGACCCCUUGCUGUGAUGUGCUCAUAAUUCCUGAACUCUUCAAGUGAUGUUCCUACCAAUACCUGGUCCUGGAGUCUUCAAUACAGUACAUGCCAAGCUCAACAUAAUAUUAAACACGUUCUCUAAUACUUAGAAAGUAUACAGGCUAUCUAUAGGGCUAUAAAGUAGUGCACUAUAUAGGGAAUAGGGUUCCAUUUUGGAUGCAAACUUGGUUCAUAAAAAUAAAAGCUGAUGCUUUAAAGCUGUCAAACUCAACGUUGGACCUCAAAGCCAGUUCUACUGCAGUUUUUUUUCUCCAUUGACCACGUUUACAUGUGCACAGUAUUCUGGAUAAUAUAGCUCAUAUCCUGCUUAAGGUCUUAUUCGGGAUGAGCUAUUUACAUGCACCUUUUUGAUAUCUCACUCAUGAGUAUCCCUGCAUCCAUGAAUAAACGGAAUAUUCCUCAUUUAAUUAUAUGGCGUAAAUCGAUUAGUAACUGAAAUAUAGACACUGAGUGUACGAUUAUAACCUCAUGUAGUGUAAUAUAAUAUUAACUCUUGCAGAAUUAUGAAUUUCUUGCAGUGAAAUUAUACAACAAAUGUUAAUUUUGGCUGGGAAACUUGACACAGUUGAGAAUAAUAUAUAUAUUUUUUUCAGCAUUUCUUGAGAAAAUGCAAAUGCACAUGUGAAGCAUUAUCUUUGAUUAUCUUUGUGUGAUGCAUUAUCUUUGACACUGUUAUGCAAGCAGACAGUAUUUCAACCACAUCAAACAUGCACCCAAGUCGAACUUGAAGUCUUAACAGAAACUUGUUUCAUCGUUUUCUCAGGUUUUCAUUUCCUUAAAACCCUUCAAACUGAUUACAUGUUUUGGACAUUUUUCACAAGACCAAGUUUUCCACUGUUUUGGAGUUAUUGCAUUUUCUCCCCGGUCCCUAAAGGAGAAACAACUUUGCAGGUGUUCAUUUGAAUGCAUUCGUAGCCUAAUCUUUCUAUCGAUGUAAAACAUUAUUCUGGUGAUGUCACUACUUUAUUUAGUAUUCUGGGGCAAUAAAUUAUGACAGAAGUUUAUAGUUUGCAUGAAUCAAACUAUAGUUGACAAAUUAAUGGUCUACCAAAUGUAGGAAAUUAUAAUGCAGAAAUUUUUCUAAAUUAGGGGUGAAAGUGGUAAAUGGUAAAUGUGGUAAAUGAAUUACAGUAGGCUAAAUUACUAUUGAAUUGUUAUGGUGGAUAGAACUGUGCAGGUAGCCUACCUUUUUGAAGUGAUUUGUUUGACAGUCAGAUGAAAACAUCACACAAUACCCAUGAUAUGCGAAACUGAGCAUGCAUAGACCGCAAAAACCAACAGUGAACGGGAUAAGAUGUUAUCAUCCCACAGUAUCCCGUCUAACGUCAUCAUAUCGAAUGGUGUGUAAAAUCUUUGUGGGGCAUGCCAGCCAAGCCACUACACUACACAAACACAACACUAAACAAUACAUUAAUUGCAUUAUAACGGUGACAAACGGUGCCCACAAA